AAACAGGAAGGCGGUGAAGUUCAGGCGAGCUCCGGUCAGAUAGGUCAAUGGUCAGAGCAUGGCUCAGAACACAAGUGAUGGUGCUUCGGAUAGUCAGGCUGAUGAAAUUGUGCAGUCAGCCAGGCGCUUAUUGCAUUUAAUCAGUUCGUCUGAAAGACAACGGGGCGCAGUCAGUGGUGGAGUAACCAAUCAAGUUCUGAGAGAACAGAGGCAUACGGAGAGACCAUCACUUCAAAUGGAAAUGACCAGGUCCUUCCCAGGUGUUUUUACCAAGGCCAGAGGGAAGAGGCGCUUUCCUUCAGCAAAUCUUGUUCCUGCCAAGAGACUUAAACCACUUGAUGUGGCUUUCUAUUUGUUGCCAAAGCAGUGUGAAAAAACUCCAAAAGAGCAGGAGCAAAUGGUCCAUAUGCAUGCAGGAUUGGGCCGUAGGACUGCUCAUCUAGAUGAAAGCACAACACAUGAAGAGUUAUGUGAUGCCCUCAAGGUUUUAUUUCCAAAAUUGGGGGCCGUGACUGGUGGGUGGCUGCUAUACAAAUCUGCAGGUGGAUGGGGUAGCCGAAAACUCUCUCUUGUGGCUCCUGAUGAGACUGGCUAUACAGGCAUGAUGUUGAAGUCUGUAAGUCGUGGGGGUAAAAAUCUAUUCAUAGCCCCAAUUCAAGAGGAACUCAGCACAAAUCCCUUACCACUAACGGAUGAAGCAUUCAGUAGCAUGCCAAAAGCCACAUGUCAGAAGUGUGAAGUUGCAGUUCCUCUUCCACUCCUGACAGAACACAUCAAGUCUUGUGAUGUCAUGUAUGUUGGCAGUGAUGAUAACCUGGCUAAUGUGGAAAGCAGUGAGCCUGAAGACAGAAAAUCAGAUAUGCAGGAAUGUCCUGUCUGCACAAAAAUGUUUCCUACUGACUUUAUUGAGGUACACGCUUCUUCAUGUGCGGAAAGGGCAGGAAAAGAGGUGAUGCAUGAAAGCAUUGUAAUUGAGGAAGAGCAAGCAGCAAUACCUGGACCAUCCGGAACUUGUGCAUCUGCUACAGAUGACUGGUUAACUAUCAGUGACCCCACCAAGGCCAUAUCUCAGUGUGCUGACAGUUUUCUCCGUAUUCAUGAAACGGAGAGCCCCUUACUUCUCAGCAUGGACAUCAGAAAAAGCCCUGCUGAACAGGACAUGGCCCUAAUCUCCUUCUACAAGCGAACUAAUGUGGAAUGGGGACGGCCUCUGACUUGCAAACUUGAAGGAGAUACUGCUAUUGGACAGGGUGUAACUCGCUUCUUUUUCUCAACAUGCAUGGAAAAACUGAAGUCAGGGUUUUGCAUCAAUUUUGCAAAUUCAAAUGUUACACGGCUUUUUGAAGGAGAGCCUGGCCAUUUAGUCCCCUCAGCCUCUCACUUUCUUGUGGAAAGUGAUAUGUUCAUGGUGGCGGGGAGAAUGGUAGGCCACUCCUUUCUUCAUGGAGGACCAUGCCUGUUGGGACUCAGCCCUGCUGUUGUUCAUGUCCUGCUUGGUGGGAGUCCUGAAACUGCAACUGUUACAGUAGAGGACUGUCCAGACCUGGACAUCAGAGAAACAAUCGAGCUUCUUGAAGGGGGAUCCAUACUGUCAGAUAAGGAUAAACAGCGUGUCCAGGACUUGGCCCAUGCCUGGGACCUCCCUUGCCUAACUGAGAAAAACAGGAGAUGGCUUUUUGAGAAGCUAUUGAUACAUGCUGUAAUAGGACGUGUCACGAGGCAAAUCAAGCAGCUGAGACGAGGUCUUAAAGAAACCCCAAUGUGGACACUGGUGACCCAAAGAUCUGACACAGUGGCCUUGCUUUUUCCGAAAGAGGGAGCAGGAAAUUUCAGCCCUGAGGUACUUCUUCAGCGACUCACAUGGCCUCGUGAGGAUAGUGACGAUGAUGACGAUUGUUCAGUUGACACCAAAUGCCGCAUAUCAGGCUAUCUUCGACAGUUCAUUGCUGAUGCGACACCAACUGAACUGACCGACCUGGUCAAAUUCUGGACCGGAUGGGAGAUUCUACCACCGAGUCUCUCUGUAGAAGUGGUCGAGGGCAGAUACCCCACAGCCGCCACUUGCUUUGAGACCUUGCGCAUCCCAGGGCAUUACAAGGAUUACACAUCUUUUAAAUGUGACAUCCUGGCCUGUAUUUGCAGUUGCCAUACAGGAUUUGGUCUUGUGUGAGUGACAUUUGGCUUGUAUUUACCCUUGUAAGACAAGAUUUGAUGUUAAAAUGUUUGUUUUUAAGCUUGUUAGUUCUGUUAAAAGAUCUGUUGUAAACUAUCUCACUCUCAAAGAAAACAUUCAGAAAGUUAAUGUAUACUGAAUAUAUUUUCACACUGUUACUGAGAGUACUUUGCAGUAACCUUUGGCAAUAAGUGGUCAGUUCAUUGAGGUAAACUUCUGACUCUGAACUCCUGUGAAGCCCUCGUAUAACCACUGAAAAGGUUCAUGAUCCAUUCACACUGUGUAAGGGGGACAGACAGCAAAAGAGAAGGGUAAUAAAAAUGACAAAAGGUUAUUAACCCUUGUGUUUUCUUCCCGUCGACCAUGCACUUGUCCUCCUGGGUCAAAAUUGACCCGGUCUGUUUGGCCAGUUUAUAACGCAUGAAGUAUAAAUGAUCACCCAAUUCUGUGUUACAUCUUCUUGGCCAACUUCUUUCCAACCUAUUAGCACUAGUUUUACACUUAUUUUAAUAUAUGGUCAAAAUACUGCAUUCAUAUAAAAUAAUACCUAAUUUCUGAGUUAAAAAAAGCUGAAAUUAUGAACAAUUUUGACUAACAGUUGAGAUAAACAGGAACAUAUGUAGAUGGGUUAUCACAGACUGGUAUAAGUCAAAGUUUAGUCAGGAUACUGUUUUGAAACCAUUUCAAUUUUUUUAAUGGCAGCCAAUAAUCACACUUGUUCUCCCGGGUCAAAAUUGUUUUACCUAUUAAUGAAGCAUAAAGUAUAAAUGAUCACACAAUUCGAUUUUACACCUUGACAACUUAAUUCCAAGUCAUUGCCACUAGUUUUACACUUAUUUUUGGAAUUUAUGGUGAAUCAACUUCAUUUACAUGAAAUACCUAAUUUUUGGAGUAAGAUAAGCAUAAAUUAUGAAUUAUUUUCUUUAUAGUCAAGAUCAGAUGAAUCUGUUUGUGGAUUAUCACUGGCUGGUAUAUGUUAGUGAUUAGUCAGGAUAUGGUUUUGAAACCAUUUUAAUAUUUUUAAUGGCAGUCAAUAAUCACACCUGGUGUCUUCCCAGGUAUAAAGUGACCUGGUCUGUGUUGCCUGUUUUAUAAAGCAUAGACAAUUAUAAUUAAUCACUCAAUUCUGUGUUACCACUUUUAUCCAACUCAUCACAACUAGUUUUACACAUUUAUUCCAUUCAUUCAGUAUGUUGUGUGUGUGAAUGUGUUUGUGUGCAUCUCUACAUGUGCAUGCAUGUGUGUGUUCAUCAGCUGUAAAGCACAAUAGUGCCCCAUUGCACCACCGGGUCAAAAUUGACCCGGGAAGACCACAAAUGCUAUGAAAUUAUAUUAAACACCCAAAAUUCUAAGAAAGUAGUGGUCAUUAAUUUUACUUGUGAAG